AUGUCGGCGUCUGCUUUUCAGUAUGAGCUUAUUGAGCUUGUAGAGGACCUCGAAAAAUACCAGCCAGGAGGUUAUCAUCCUGUAUGCAUAGGCGAUCGACUACACAACCGCUACUGUAUUGUGCACAAACUCGGCCACGGCAACUUCUCAACAGUUUGGCUGGCACACGAUCAGCAGAUGCAACAGUACGUCGCGGUCAAAGUUGGCAUCGCCGACGCGCCCUCCAGGGAGACCGACACCUUGAAGUAUCUAACCGAAGUGAUUAAUGCCUCUAGCCAGCCUUUAACAGGGGCUGCGAUGAUACCUAUGGUCAAAGAUUAUUUCACGAUCACUGGUCCUAACGGCAAUCACCCGUGUCUUGUCACGAGUCCAGCACGAUGUAGCCUCUCGGACUCCAAGCAGGAGGGGGGUAGGGGACUGUUCCAGCUCGAGGUUUCCCGCUCACUAGCAGCCCAGCUUAUCCUAGCUGUGUGCUUCGUUCAUUCUCAAGGAUAUUGCCAUGGGGAUCUCCAUCUUGGUAACUUACUCCUUCAACUGCCUUCGUCCAUGAACGACCUCACCGUAGAUGAGCUGUACAAUAAAGUCGCAGCUCCGAUGCCACAACCAGUCGUCCGCAUCGAUGGUCGACCUUACUCUGUCAAGCCUGGCGUUCCAUCCCAUGUCAACUUGCCUGUAUGGCUUGGCGAGGAAGACGGAGAUAUCACGCCGAAUGAAGCAAAACUACUCCUAAGCGAUUUCGGUACUGCUUUCCGUCCAAGUGACAACAGUACAUUCAAAUCGCAGACCCCUUUGGCAAUCCGACCUCCAGAAGUGCUCUUGGAGCCUGGGAUGCCUUUGUCUUUCGGCUCAGACAUAUGGAGUCUCGGCUGUGUUAUAUUUGAGCUGUUUGCCCACACCUCUCUGUUCGACGGGUUCAUGACCCCCGCAGGACGCUUUGGGUCAUGGGAAAAGAGAUUCGAGGAUUCGGUGCAAGACGCGAGACGGAGCUAUGGCUACCCCGUUGUCAGUGACCGGGAGAAGAGUGAGCUCCUUCAGCUGUUGCGGCGUAUGCUUACGUGGAAACCUACGGAUCGACCAAGCGCUGAGCAGGUCUUGGAGAUGGACUGGGUGAGGAACUAG